CUUACAUAAAGCAUCUCCAUACAUUCUCAAAAGCAUUGAAAUAUAAUCAAACAUUCAUCCCCAAAGGAAUGAAAAGAUAACACCAUCCUCAGCAAUAGCAACUACAAGGAGUAUCAUCUAAACUCAUGCAUGAAAAGUUGUCCUUAGUUCAUUACCAUGUUCUUGCUGUUUUCAUACUAUGUUCUUUCCUUUAUUGGGUUUCUGUUGGUUAACUCAGUUUCAUUGCCUCCAUCAGCCAUAUACCUUAUUGAAUUCCGCCAUAGCCUCCCCAAACAUUCUCAGCAUCUCCUGCUAUGGAACGAGUCCAAUUCACCUUCCUCACCUUGCCAAUGGCCAGGAGUUCAUUGCUAUCCCAAGAACAGCUUUCAAGUCAAGGUCUUAAACCUCUCAGGCUUUGGACUCUCUGGUGUCUUGAACAACUCGAUUUCCCAUCUCUGCCACCAUAAACGUUUGCUCUCUCUUGACCUCAGUGGCAACAGUUUUAGUGGUGAAAUCCCCCUGCUGCUUGGAAACUGUGCUCAACUAAAUACCAUUCUUCUCAACGACAAUGACUUCAGAGGGCCAAUCCCACCUGAGCUUUUCGGAUCAAAGCGGCUUUCACGGCUUGAUUUGGGAUAUAAUUCUCUCUCUGGUAAUAUUCCUCCUGAGGUAAGCUUCUGCACCAAUCUCGAAUACUUGGGAUUGUACAAUAAUUAUCUGAGAGGAGAGAUUCCAAGUGAGAUAUUCUCUCUACCAGCUUUGAAGUAUCUUUAUUUGCACACAAACAACUUCACCGGUUCUUUACCAGAUUUUUCCCCUUCCUGUGCAAUAUCUGAUCUUUGGAUUCAUCAAAAUGCCUUUUCUGGAUCUUUGCCUUAUACUUUUAGCAAUUGCCACAACCUUACUACGCUUAUUGCAUCUUAUAACAACUUUGGAGGGGUUAUUUCAUUAGAGAUCUUCGAGGGUCUUUUGCAACUUGAGAUUCUCUAUCUUGAUGAAAACAAUCUUGAAGGGGAAAUACCGGAGACUUUGUGGGGCCUUGAAAGAUUGCAAGAGCUUGUUCUUUCCGGGAACAAGCUGAAUGGAAGUAUACCUGAAAGAAUUGCUCAAUGCCAUUUGCUAGCAGUUAUUGCCCUCUCAAGUAAUAAGCUGGUGGGUCAGAUUCCUCAUUCAAUUGGAGAUUUAAAAUAUUUGAACAAUUUGUUCCUCUUUGAUAACAUGCUUGAUGGCUCACUACCUCCUCAGCUUGGAAACUGCACUUCACUUGUUGAACUUAAGCUUCAGAAUAACUUCAUCGGAGGGACAAUUCCUCCAGAAAUUUGCAAUCUAGAAAAUCUUGAGGUCCUUUUUCUGUUCAAUAAUCUUAUCAGAGGCCAUAUUCCUCUACAGAUUGGUAGAAUGAGUAGUCUUAUGGAGUUGGCUCUGUAUAACAAUAACUUGACUGGUAGAAUCCCACUAGGAAUAACCCAUUUGAAAAAGCUCACAUUCCUGUCCUUAGCUCAUAAUAAUCUCUCUGGAGAGUUGCCAUCGGAGCUUGGCAAGGAUAAUUCUCCUGGUCUACUUAAAUUGGAUUUAACUGGGAAUAAGCUAUAUGGACCAAUCCCUUCUAGUAUAUGUAUAGGCAAUAAUCUUUCAGUUUUGGCAUUAGGGAACAACCAUUUUAAUGGAAGUUUUCCAGUUGGCAUUGAAAAAUGCUCUUCUCUUAGAAGGGUGAUCAUUAGUAACAAUCUCUUGCAAGGGACUAUACCGGCUGAUUUGGGUAAUAACUCUGGAAUUUCUUUCUUAGAAGUUCGAGGCAACUUGCUUCAAGGAACAAUACCUCCAAUGUUGGGACAUUGGAGCAAUUUAUCCAUGCUUGAUUUUGCAGAUAAUAGAUUUUCUGGAACUAUACCUCUGGAGCUUGGUAAACUAGAGGCUCUACAAGUUUUGAGACUUUCUUCAAAUAGGUUGGCUGGAAUGAUCCCUUCUGAGCUGGGACAUUGCACGGAAUUGAUUGAACUGGACCUCAGCAAGAACGAUCUUUCAGGAAGCAUUCCUUUAAAGAUCAUCUCAGUUGCAAAAAUGCAAAGUCUUCACCUUGAAGAGAACAAAUUCAGUGGAAUUAUUCCUGACACUUUCUCUUCCCCUCAUAGUCUGUUUGAGCUGCAGCUUGGAAGCAACAUAUUAGAAGGCCCUAUUCCUUGCAGUUUGGGUAAACUUCAUCAUUUUAGUUCAAUUCUCAAUUUGAGCAAUAAUAGGCUCUCUGGUAAUAUCCCACAAUGCCUGGGCAAUCUAGACAAGUUGCAAAUUCUUGACCUAUCAAGUAAUGGUUUCUCUGGUGAAAUACCAACUGCACUAAACAGUAUGAUCUCCCUUACCUUUGUGAACAUAUCGUUCAAUACCCUCUCUGGAAAACUCCCUUCUGCUUGGUUGAAGUUGGUGGCUUCAUAUCCAGGAUCUUUCCUUGGAAACCCAGGACUUUGCUUGCUUGGUAAUGAAGAAAAGUACUGUGAAGAAGCUAGAAAUGUGGGUAAGAGAGGCCAAGUGCUGUCUGGAGUGAUUGUAGGUGUAGUAAUCUCAGUGUCACUACUCUGUGCUCUAAUUUACAUACUAAUCGCUAGAGGCUUUGGGAAGAAAUCAACUCCUGAUCAGUCUCUCCUUCAUGAUUGUCGAUCAGUAACUGAAGAUUUACCUCAGGACUUACAAUUUGAAGAUAUUAUGCGUGCCACACAAGACCCAAAUGACAAGUAUGUGAUCGGGAGAGGCAAAGAUGGGACAGUCUACCGCACAGAAUCUGCAAACUCCAGAAAGCAUUGGGCAGUCAAGAAGGUGGACUUGUCCAAGACAAGUUUUGUAAUUGAGACAAAGACUUUAAACUUAAUUAGGCAUCGGAAUGUGGUGAGGAUGGCAGGGUAUUGCAUGAAAGAUGGAUAUGGUUACAUUGUCACAGAGUACGUGCCAGGAGGGACCCUUUUUGAUGUACUGCAUAGAAGUGAACCCCAGUUGGUUUUAGACUGGGACACCAGAUAUCGUAUUGCUUUCAGCAUUGCACAAGGCCUUUCUUACCUUCACCAUGACUGUGUGCCACAAGUUAUCCAUCGAGAUAUCAAAUCUGACAACAUUCUACUGGACUCUCAACUGGAACCAAAGAUAGGAGAUUUCGGGAUAGCAAAAUUGGUUAAUGAUUCUGAUCCAAGCUCCACAAGGUCUGCCAUUGUAGGAACAUUAGGCUACAUCGCACCAGAGAAUGCGUAUUCAACUCGGUUGACAGAGAAAUGUGAUGUAUAUAGUUACGGAGUCAUUCUGCUGGAGCUCCUUUGCAGAAGAUUGCCAGUUGACCCUUGCUUUGAAGAAGGCUUGGAUAUUGUCUCCUGGUCAAAGAAGAAGCUGCAGGAAAAUGAUGAGUUCAUUGGCUUCUUUGAUGAGGAAAUCUGUUACUGGGAAAGAGAUGAACAACAAAAGGCAUUGAAGUUGUUGGACUUGGCGCUUGAGUGCACUGAACAAGUGGCGGAUGCAAGACCCUCCAUGAGAGAUGUAGUAGCAUUCCUUAUCAAGUUGAACGAUAAGCAUGCAACCAGUUCAAGUAAUAGACAAAGUUCAAGGUUAUAGAAUUCAAUACAAAAUCUUUUAUCUGUUUUCAUACAGAUUUUCC